AGGAUUAUGCUUAGGAUUUUAGAAACAAACAGACGGCUUUUCUUUGUCUGUUAGCAUAACACUACGAUGUAUACAAUGAAUGUAGUCCACUCUCUGCUCCUUUGUGCACUUCUAAUCAUUCAAACAGGUGAUGCAUUGCGUUGUUUCAGUUGUGUGGGCUCUAAUGAUGAAGAGUGCAACCAGCAAGGCUCACAGCAAUGCCCAAACUACUCUGAUGCAUGUGCGGUCAUUAGAGGUCAAGCAAAUGGUGUAAUGAAGUCUUGCUCAUUCCGAUCUUUCUGCGAACAAGCCAGGAGAGAAGGCUCAAAAGCUCCGAGUGUCAAAGUCCAGUGCUGCUAUUCUGAUGACUGCAACAUGAGGAGUAAAGCAUCUUCCUCUCUGCUAAAUGUGAACUACUUGGUCAUUCUGAUACCUGUAUUACUCAGUAACCUGCUGUUUUAGCUGAAGCUUUGCACAAGUUGAACUCUUCAAGCUUUGUUAAUGUCCUUGAAACUAUGUAUCAGGCAAGAAAUAGUAAAGUUGUUCUGACUGCACACA